AUGUUCGCUCCGCCUGGGUACAAGUCCAGUUACCUGUGGACUGCCCGCCCGACGUCAGAACCUACUUUCAAGAGCGAAUCGACAACGCCCAUCCAGGCCGGGAAAACAGAGUAUAUGUUUAAAAAGAGGCCAUAUCAGUUCGCAGCUACCAUGCUUGCAAGUCUUUGCCCCAAUCUGGAAACCCCUAGAGGCCCAGAUGCAUCAUUGGAGCACGUUCCACUUUUGUCUUCCCAACAACCUGACGAGACUGAAGAGGGUUCAAUUCUGGCAUUGGAGCUUCAACCGGGGCGAAUGGGGACCUGA